AGCCAAUAGAAAGUGAACUUCUUGACAAGUGCCAAAAUGGCGAUGCCUACGACCUAGAAGUGGAUUGUGCGCUCCACUUCUUUCACCUCAAAGUUGGCCGCCACAGCUGCCACCUGCUCAGAGUGAAAUCAUGAAGGUGGUCAACCUGAAGCAAGCCAUUUUGCAAGCCUGGAAGGAGCGUUGGAGUGACUACCAAUGGGCAAUCAACAUGAAGAAAUUCUUUCCUAAAGGAGCCACCUGGGACAUUCUCAACCUGGCAGAUGCAUUACUAGAGCAGGCCAUGAUUGGACCAUCCCCCAAUCCUCUCAUCUUGUCCUACCUAAAGUAUGCCAUUAGUUCCCAGAUGGUGUCCUACUCUUCUGUCCUCACAGCCAUCAGUAAGUUUGAUGACUUUUCUCGGGACCUGUGUGUCCAGGCAUUGCUAGACAUCAUGGACAUGUUUUGUGACCGUCUGAGCUGUCACGGCAAAGCCGAGGAGUGCAUCGGACUGUGCCGAGCCCUUCUUAGCGCCCUCCACUGGCUGCUGCGCUGCACGGCAGCCUCUGCAGAGCGGCUCCGGGAGGGGUUGGAGGCCGGCACUCCAGCCGCUGGGGAGAAGCAGCUUGCCGUGUGCCUUCAGCGCCUGGAGAAAACCCUCAGCAGCACCAAGAACCGGGCCCUGCUGCACAUCGCCAAACUAGAGGAGGCCUCAUUGCACACAUCCCAGGGACUUGGGCAGGGUGGCACCCGAGCCAAUCAACCAACAGCUUCCUGGACUGCCAUCGAGCAUUCUCUCUUGAAACUUGGAGAGAUCCUGGCCAAUCUCAGCAACCCCCAGCUCCGGAGCCAGGCCGAGCAGUGCGGCACCCUCAUUAGGAGCAUCCCCAUGAUGCUGUCUGUGCAUGCGGAGCAGAUGAAUAAGACCGGCUUCCCCACCGUCCAUGCCGUGAUCCUGCUCGAGGGCACCAUGAACCUGACAGGCGAGACACAGUCCCUGGUGGAGCAGCUGACGAUGGUGAAGCGCAUGCAGCAUAUCCCCACCCCACUUUUUGUCCUGGAGAUCUGGAAAGCUUGCUUCGUGGGGCUCAUUGAGUCUCCCGAGGGUACGGAGGAGCUCAAGUGGACAGCUUUCACUUUCCUCAAGAUUCCACAGGUUUUGGUGAAGUUGAAGAAGUACUCUCAUGGGGACAAGGACUUCACUGAGGAUGUCAACUGUGCUUUUGAGUUCCUGCUGAAACUCACACCCUUGUUGGACAAAGCUGACCAGCGCUGCAACUGUGACUGUACAAACUUCCUGCUCCAAGAAUGUGGCAAGCAGGGGCUUCUGUCUGAGGCCAGUGUCAACAACCUUAUGGCUAAGCGCAAAGCAGACCGAGAGCACGCACCCCAGCAGAAAUCGGGAGAGAAUGCCAACAUCCAGCCCAACAUCCAGCUGAUCCUCCGGGCAGAGCCCACUGUCACAAACAUCCUCAAGACGAUGGAUGCAGACCACUCUAAGUCCCCGGAGGGACUGCUGGGAGUCCUGGGCCACAUGCUGUCCGGGAAGAGUCUGGACUUGCUGCUGGCUGCCGCUGCUGCCACUGGAAAGCUGAAAUCCUUCGCCCGGAAAUUCAUCAAUUUGAAUGAAUUCACAACCUAUGGCAGCGAAGAAAGCACCAAACCGGCCUCCGUCCGGGCCCUGCUGUUUGACAUCUCCUUCCUCAUGCUGUGCCAUGUGGCCCAGACCUAUGGUUCAGAGGUGAUUCUGUCCGAGUCGCGCACAGGAGCUGAGGUGCCCUUCUUCGAGACCUGGAUGCAGACCUGCAUGCCUGAGGAGGGCAAGAUCCUGAACCCUGACCACCCCUGCUUCCGCCCCGACUCCACCAAAGUGGAGUCCCUGGUGGCCCUGCUCAACAACUCCUCGGAGAUGAAGCUGGUGCAGAUGAAGUGGCACGAGGCCUGUCUCAGCAUCUCAGCCGCCAUCUUGGAAAUCCUCAAUGCCUGGGAGAAUGGGGUCCUGGCCUUCGAGUCCAUCCAGAAAAUCACUGAUAACAUCAAAGGGAAGGUAUGCAGUCUGGCGGUGUGUGCUGUGGCUUGGCUUGUGGCCCACGUCCGGAUGCUAGGGCUGGAUGAGCGUGAGAAGUCACUGCAGAUGAUCCGCCAGCUGGCAGGGCCGCUGUUUAGUGAGAACACCCUGCAGUUCUACAAUGAGAGGGUGGUGAUCAUGAACUCGAUCCUGGAGCGCAUGUGUGCUGACGUGCUGCAGCAGACAGCCACGCAGAUCAAGUUUCCCUCCACCGGGGUGGACACAAUGCCCUACUGGAACCUGCUGCCCCCCAAGCGGCCCAUCAAGGAGGUGCUGACGGACAUCUUUGCCAAAGUGCUGGAGAAGGGCUGGGUGGACAGCCGCUCCAUCCACAUCUUCGACACUCUGCUGCACAUGGGCGGCGUCUACUGGUUCUGCAACAACCUGAUUAAGGAGCUGCUGAAGGAGACGCGGAAGGAGCACGCGCUGCGGGCAGUGGAACUGCUCUACUCCAUCUUCUGCCUGGACAUGCAGCAAGUGACCCUGGUCCUGCUGGGCCACAUCCUGCCUGGCCUGCUCACUGACUCCUCCAAGUGGCACAGCCUCAUGGACCCCCCAGGCACUGCUCUUGCCAAGCUGGCCGUAUGGUGUGCCCUCAGUUCCUACUCCUCCCACAAGGGACAGGCAUCCACCCGCCAAAAGAAGAGACACCGUGAAGACAUCGAGGACUAUAUCAGCCUCUUUCCCCUGGACGAUGUGCAGCCUUCGAAGUUGAUGCGACUGCUGAGCUCCAAUGAGGAUGAUGCCAACAUCCUUUCAAGCCCCACAGACCGGUCCAUGAGCAGCUCCCUCUCAGCCUCUCAGCUCCACACGGUCAACAUGCGGGACCCUCUGAACCGAGUCCUGGCCAACCUCUUCCUGCUUAUCUCCUCCAUCCUGGGGUCACGCACCGCUGGCCCCCACACCCAGUUCGUGCAGUGGUUCAUGGAGGAGUGUGUGGACUGCCUGGAGCAGGGUGGCCGUGGCAGUGUCCUGCAGUUCAUGCCCUUCACCACCGUGUCGGAACUGGUGAAGGUGUCAGCCAUGUCCAGCCCCAAGGUGGUUCUGGCCAUCACGGACCUCAGCCUGCCCCUGGGCCGCCAGGUGGCUGCUAAAGCCAUUGCUGCACUCUGAGGGGCUUGACAUGGCCGCAGUGGGGGCUAGGGGCUGGGGACUGGCGCAGCCCCAGGCGCCUCCAAGGGGAACAGUGAGGAAAGAUGAGGCAUCGUGGCUCACAUCCGCUCCACAUGGUGCAAGAGCCUCUGGCAGCUUCCAGUUCCCCGCUCCUGACUCCUGACCUCCAGGAUGUCUCCUGGUUUCCUCUUUCGAAAUUUCCUCUCCGUCUGCCAGCACCUGAGGAGUGUGAGCAGUCUGGACCACAAGCCCAGUGGUCACCCCGGUGUGCGCCCACCCCAGCCCAGGAGUAGUCUUACCUCUGAGGAACUUUCUAGACGCAGAGUGAGUGUGUGUGUGUGUGUGUGUGUGUGUGUGUAUGUUUUGUAAUAUGUGAGGGAAACCUAUCUUUGUUCAUGUGUAAAUAAAGCUCCUCGUGGAUCCCUUUG